CUCCGUAGUCACGUGAGGGCCGGGGGUUUGGAAUUCUGAGUUGUGGCUUUGGCACUCCUUUUUCUUUUUAAAAAUCGCCUGGUCUGUGGCGUUCUGCUGAGCUCGGUGCCUUGCUCUGACUGAGACUGGAGACAGAAGGAAACAGCCACAGGGCAGACAGAGGUGACAGAAGAAAAUCUGCUGAGAUGUUUGGCCAGGGACCCAGGACCCCAGCUUCAGGCUGCUACUAUCUAAAUUCCAUGACACCUGAGGGCCAGGAGAUGUACUUGCGAUUUGAUCAGACUACGAGGCGCUCUCCUUACAGGAUGAGCCGGAUUCUAGCACGCCAUCAGCUAGUGACUAAAAUUCAACAAGAAAUUGAAGCGAAGGAAGCAUGCGACUGGCUCCGUGCUGCCGGGUUCCCGCAAUACGCUCAGUUAUAUGAGGAUUCCCAAUUUCCCAUCAACAUUUUGGCUGUCAAGAAUGAUCAUGAUUUUCUUGAAAAGGACCUUGUAGAACCUCUUUACAGACGACUAAAUACAUUGAACAAGUGUGCCUCAAUGAGACUUGAUGUGAACUUUCAAAGGAAAAAGGGUGACGACUCAGAUGAGGAAGAUCUCUGUAUCAGUAACAAAUGGACUUUCCAAAGAACCAGCCGCCGGUGGUCUCGCGUGGACGACCUCCACACACUGUUUCCUGGGGGAGACAGAAAUGGGUCAUCAGGAGACAUUAGGAUGAGAAACACAACCAGCAGUGAAAGUGUCCUCACAGACCUGAGCGAGCCUGAGGUCUGCUCCAUCCACAGUGAAAGCAGUGGCGGGAGUGACGGCCGCAGCCAGCUAGGCAGCCAGGGCGCUGGCCGGGAGGCAUUCGACUGCUCCGGGCAGUACGGCCCCGACGGCAGCCUGGUCAUGCUGGAUGCCACGGCAGUCAGCAGCAGCCUCCCACAGUCCCCCAAAGACAUGCUCAACCACUCUUUCCACCCAAAGAAUGAGAAAACCAGCAGGGCCAGGGCCAAGUCAUUUUUGAAACGCAUGGAAACACUCCGAGCGAAAGGAGCACACGGGCGGCAUAAGGGGCCUGGGCAGACAGGGGGCCUGGUGAUCAGCGGGCCUGUGCUGCAGCAGGAGCCAGAGUACUUCAAGGCCAUGCAGUGCAUCCAGAUACCAAAUGGCGACCUCCAGAACUUGCCCCCAGCCACCUGCACCCAAGGGCUUCCAUGCUCCAACAAAUGGAGCGGCGAGAGCAGCCCAUCGGAAAAUGGCAGCAGUGGGCUGAGCACACCAGGCCUGAAGGAACGAAAAUGCCAGGAGGCCAACAAGCGCGGGGGCAUGUACUUGGAAGACCUGGAUGUGCUGGCCGGGACAGCACUGCAGGAUGCAGGCGAGCAAAACCACACGCAUGAGUUUCAUUCCCAGGAGAACUUGGUCGUGCAUGUUCCCAAGGAUCAUAAGCCAGGAACGUUCCCAAAGGCACUGUCUAUCGAAAGCCUCUCGCCAACAGACAACAGCAAUGGGGUGAACUGGAGGACCGGGAGCAUCUCCCUGGGCAGACAGCAGGGCCCUGGUGCCAGGGAGCCCCGGCUCAUGGCGUCCUGCCACAGAGCAAGUCGUGUCAGUAUCUAUGACAACGUCCCAGACUCCCAUCUGUAUGCCAGCACAGGAGACCUUUUGGACUUGGAGAGAGAUGAUCUUUUCCCUCAUUUAGAUGACAUUCUGCACCACGUCAAUGGGCUCCGAGAGGUAGUGGACGACUGGUCAAAGAACGUCUUGCCUGAACUACAAACACAUGACACGUUGGUUGGAAAGCCUGGCUUAUGUCCCUUCCCAUCUUCUAAUCAGGUCACCCUAGAUUUCGAAGGCAACUCUGUCUCCGAAGGUCGGACAACACCCAGUGACGUGGAUAGAGACGGAACAUCGCUUAAUGAGUCUGAGGCCACAGGGGUCAGAGAAAGGAGGGACUCUGGGGUGGGGGCCUCCCUGACCCGGCCAAACAGGCGACUUCGAUGGAACAGUUUCCAGCUCUCCCACCAGCCUCAGCCAUCCACGGCAUUGCCCCACAUCAGCAACCAGACGGCCGGCCAGCUGAACCUGCUCCAGCGCUUCUCGCUGCUUCGCCUCACGGCCAUCAUGGAGAAGCACUCCCUGUCCAAUAAACACGGUUGGACGUGGUCAGUUCCAAAGUUCAUGAAGAGGAUGAAAGUUCCUGAUUACAAAGACAAGACUGUCUUUGGCGUCCCUCUCAUAGUUCACGUCCAGAGAACAGGACAGCCCCUGCCUCAGAGUAUUCAGCAAGCACUGAGAUAUCUACGCAGCAACUGCCUUGAUCAGGUGGGUCUUUUUCGAAAAUCAGGCGUGAAAUCUCGAAUCCAUGCCUUACGUCAAAUGAAUGAGAACUUCCCUGAGAACGUCAGCUAUGAGGACCAAUCCGCUUAUGACGUGGCAGAUAUGGUGAAACAGUUCUUCCGGGACCUCCCGGAGCCUCUUUUCACCAACAAGCUCAGCGAGACCUUCCUCCACAUCUAUCAGUAUGUCCCCAAAGAGCAGCGGCUGCAGGCCGUGCAGGCUGCCAUCCUGCUGCUGGCGGAUGAGAGCAGGGAAGUCUUGCAGACACUCCUGUGUUUCCUCAAUGACGUGGUCAACUUGGUGGAAGAGAAUCAGAUGACACCUAUGAACCUGGCUGUGUGUCUGGCCCCCUCUCUCUUUCAUCUCAAUUUACUGAAAAAAGAAAGCUCCCCCAGAGUCAUACAGAAGAAAUAUGCCACUGGGAAGCCAGAUCAGAAGGACCUCAACGAGAACCUGGCCGCUGCACAGGGCCUUGCCCACAUGAUCAUGGAAUGCGACAAGCUCUUUGAGGUCCCACUUGAGAUGGUAGCCCAGUCUCGUAACUCGUACGAGGAGGCUGAGAUCCACGCUCCGACUCUGGAAGACCUGGGGACCCAGCUGGAGGAGAGCAGGGCCACCUUCCACACAUACCUGGAACAUCUUGUCCAGGGCCUCCAGAAGGAAGCCAAGGAGAAGUUCAAAGGAUGGGUCACAUGUUCCAGCACAGACAAUACAGACCUUGCUUUCAAAAAGGUGGGAGACGGGAACCCGCUGAAGCUGUGGAAGGCUUCCGUGGAGGUGGAAGCGCCCCCGUCGAUAGUGUUGAAUCGCGUGCUGAGAGAGCGCCACCUGUGGGAUGAAGAUUUUGUGCAAUGGAAGGUUGUGGAAUCUCUGGACAAGCAAACGGAAAUCUAUCAGUACGUGCUGAACAGCAUGGCCCCCCAUCCUUCCAGAGACUUUGUGGUUCUCAGGACCUGGAAGACUGAUUUGCCCAAAGGAAUGUGUACCCUGGUGUCCCUCUCUGUGGAGCACGAGGAAGCCCAGCUCAUGGGUGGCGUGCGAGCCAUCGUGAUGGACUCCCAGUACUUGAUAGAACCGUGCGGCUCCGGCAAGUCGAGACUGACCCACAUCUGCAGGAUAGACCUGAAAGGUCACUCCCCAGAAUGGUACAAUAAAGGCUUUGGACAUCUGUGUGCAGCGGAAGUCGCCAGGAUUAGAAACUCUUUUCAGCCCCUCAUUGCUGAGGGUCCAGAAACUAAAAUCUGAGUUUUCCCCAGUGUCACAUCAAACUCAGGGAAAAGGAAGCAAAAGCAAACACUUGUGGGAGAGAGCUUGCCUGUGAGAAAGCGACAGAGAGAGAGAAGCUAACUGGCAUGGUUAAUGCUUAAAAUGAAAACACUGAGAAGUCGGAAUGUUGGAGAUGCAAGAAUUUCUGAGAACUUUCCUAGCCUUCCUGGAGAUGGCUAAAUACCUACUAAUAUAAUAUUUUUAAAAAUCAGAACAUAUAUCUGUGUUACUUAAAAUUAAAUGAAUUAUUCCUUGUGCAUUGCCUAAUUUGCUAUUUAAAGGCUUCUAAGAAGCGUAUUCUUAACUGUAAAUAAAUGUGUGUAUAGCAUAUGUACAUAUGUGUGUAUAUCUCUACCUUUACUGUAUAUAUGUAAAGUCGAUAUUUUAUAUAUAACUGCAUAUUUUGAAAAGGAACGCAUCUGACUCAGCGAGUCCCUUCUCUAUGUGGCUCUUUCCGUGUUGCUCUGAGCCCCACUGCCCUGGAAACUGAGCAGAAGCAGCUGCUAACACCAAGGUGGUGUGAGAAUUUCUAGCCUGUCAGCCUGCCCUGAUAUUUAACCAAAGAUUAGCUAACCAAAGGAAAACAACAUUAAAAGGUAUUCUCAUGUAUUGUCAGCUUGUUUUUGUUAUCCCAAAAAUCAAGAGCGAGUGUUAGAUAAAGCGAGGAAAAGAAUAUUUACUCCUCUUUAAAGCCAAAAGGUGGGUGAGAAGUCGCUACCAAAUUUAAGGCUAGAUUACCAGUUGCCACCAGGCAAGGCCAGGUGCAGCUUCAGUGAAAUGUCACACUCAGGGACCAUUGGAGUCAGCAAGAGUGACAGAAACGGAACCUCUAUUUCCCUGCUGAUUAGAGCUGACGGUAACAGCCUUUGCAUAUUCAUAGCCAAAGGGAGCCUCUGUGUCUUACCAAGUUUUCAUAGAUGCUUUCCAUAAUGUUCUUAAAUGUCAUUUUGUUUGACCAGUGGCCCAUUUGGUCACAGUUAAUUGGCAUUUUCUUACCAAUGUCUUGCACUGAAUUUAACUCUGGACACCAGUCAAAGGGAGAUGAUGGUCAUCUAAGGGUCUUAGACCAUUACAGCUUCAGGGAAUUCUUAUUUUGCUGUGUAUGAUGCUCUAAAGAUAUAAUUCAUCCAAGUUUUGCAAUCUGAAAGACAAGGUUUUAAACUAACUUAAGACUAAAACUAUGUUCUUCAAUCAAUUUUAGAAAAUAUAAACAGGUUUGUUAAAUCCAUGUUUCUUCAUUGGCCAGUCAAGCUACCUAUGCAUUUGACGCAACCCUAUUUAUUAUUGUAUAGACUAAGAAAAUUGACUUUCCUUAAUCAAUUGUUAAUGAAUUUAAAUUGUUUUUUAUUGUAAUUCAACAACUGUGGAGAGAAAGAUAAUUUAUUGUGUUUGGUUUCAGGGAGAGAGAUUUUCUUUGGUAAUCCGUGAGAGAUUGGUAUAAUAAUUUAGCAACUGGGAUUGGAGGGGAAAAAAAAAAUCUUAAAUGAGUGUUUGGUUUUUUUUGUAUUGUAUGCAUUUAUGUAAUGUUUUCUCUUAUCAGCAAUGUGCAAUUCUUUUAUUGAGAGGAAUAAAAAUGCUAUCUAUGAGUUCGGUAUGGUGCAAGGAAAAUCAUACUGUUUGAAUGAUGACCUAGGAAUUUUUCUUCCCUUGCCUACCUUAGAAGGUGGCAGCAAAGCCAUAGUUUUCCACUUGGGCAAUGCUCUUGAGGAAAACCCACUUCUACCACACAUCUUAACUUUAACACAUGUGCUAGAUGACUUGACUGUGCAUAGACAAGAUCAUUAAUAAAGCUUAAUCCAGCUUAACAUGGGUCAUACUCCAGAGAUGGGACCCGAUGUGUUUGGGAACUGUGACGGGCACACAAGGACAAAUGCCAUUGUAUCACCAAGUUCAGCGUGCACACAGGUCACCCAGAGAUCUUGUUCAGAUCCAGCCUCUGGUCCAGGCAGUCUGGGCCUGAGAUUCUACAUUUCUAACGGGUCUUGGGGAUGCCCAGGCUGCUGGCCCAAAGACCACACUCUGAGAAGCAAGGACCUAGGGGGUACUUACAACAGAAUAAAGACAAAUGUGAUUGUAUUUCUGGCUCCCCUUCUCUUCAAAUCACCUGACUUUUAAAAUUUUACUCACAUACUAAUCAUAUCACUGCUGCAGAACAACACAGUGCAUCUAAAAAAGGAAAAAGAGACAGGAGGGGAAAGGUGCAUCAAGCUUAUUGGUCAAAUGCCACAGUAUCUUAUUCAUUGUUAUCUUGCCAAUGGAAAUAAAAUAUGAUAUUGCAUUUAAAUAUUAUAUUUAUACCUCAUGUAUAUUUUUACCUCAAUUGUUGGUAUCAGUCAUCAAUUGUAAAUAAAUAAUUGCCAAGGCAAAUAAAUUUA